GUGCGAGCACGAGCCUUCAGCUCCCCUUCCGCCUUCCUGGGCAUCCUCCUGCGUGGCACGGAGAUCGUGUGGGAGCUCACCAUGUUCUUCCUCUCGCUCUCCUACGACAAGCUCGUCGGCCUCGACGAGCGCAACGUGCCGACGCGCGCCGCCCAGCUGCGCCGCCUGCUGUGCCGCCUGGGCCCGUCGUUCAUCAAGUCGGGGCAGGUGCUGGCGAACCGGCCGGACAUUAUCAGAGAGGACUACAUGAACGAGCUCUGUAUCCUUCAAGACGACGUCCCUGCCUUCCCCACUCAGGAAGCGUUUGCCAUCAUCGAGGCCAACAUGGGGGUGCCCCUGGAGGAGACAUUCAGCGCCAUCUCCCCUGAGCCUGUUGCCGCAGCCAGCCUCGGGCAGGUCUACCGAGCCAGGCUGAGAGCCUCAGGAGCCGAGGUGGCAGUCAAGGUGCUGCGGCCGGGCAUAGAGCCAGUGAUCUACCGCGACCUCUUCCUCUUCCGCACGCUGGCCUCCUUCCUGAACGGCAUCUCCAUACAGAAGCUCGGGUGCAACGCCGAGCUCAUCGUCGACGAGUUUGGCGAGAAGCUGCUGGAGGAGCUCGACUACCGCCAGGAGGCCCGCAACAUCCAGAGCUUCUACGAGAAUUUCCUGGGAGAUCCGACGGUCAAGAUUCCGCUGUGCUACGCGGAGAUGAGCGGGGAGCGGGUGCUGGUGAUGGAAUGGAUCGACGGGAUUCGCUGCACUGACCCCCAGGCCAUCCGAGCAGCGGGCAUAGACACGGAGGUGUUCCUCACGGUGGGAGUCAGUGCCGCUCUCCGCCAGCUGCUAGAGUUCGGCCUCUUCCAUGGCGACCCGCACCCAGGCAACAUAUUCGCGAUGAGGGAUGGCCGAAUAGCCUACGUGGACUUUGGCAACGUGGCGGAGCUGAGCCAGUACAACAAGGAGAUCCUCAUAGACGCCAUCGUGCAUGCUGUCAAUGAGGACUAUGUGGAAAUGGCCGGGGAUUUUACAAGGUUGGGUUUCCUGGCGCCCGGCACGGACGUGACUCCCAUCGUGCCGGCAUUAGAGGCCAUCUGGCAGAACAGCACGGGGCAGAGUUUGGCGGAUUUCAACUUCCGCACCGUCACACGGAAGUUCAACCAGCUGGUGUACAACUUCCCCAUCCGCAUCCCCGAGCGCUUCUCCCUCGUGAUCCGCUCGCUGCUCACCCAGGAGGGCAUCUGCCUCUCCCUCGAGCCCAACUUCAAGUUCCUCGAGGUCGCCUACCCCUACGUCGCCAAGCGCCUACUCACUGACCCUGAUCCGGCUCUGCGCUCUCGGCUCAUCCAGGUGCUAUUCAAGGACGGUGUGUUCCAGUGGAAGCGCCUGGAGAAUCUGAUCACACUGGCCAAGGAGCAAGUGGCACUAGCAAACAGAGCACGCCACCCAGACGGCACUGUCACAGCGGUAGCAGCGGCAGCAACACCGGCACCGGCGGCUGUUGUUCCCAACUCACGCUUCUUUCCGCUUGAUCCCGCUUCCUUCGGAUUUGUGAGUUGGUGUGAGUCUCCCUCGUCCUUCCCUGUCUCUUCUCAACCCCCUUCCUCUCUCCCCCUCACCCCCCUUCCCCCUCACUCCCGCGGUCUUCCCCUUCAUUCCCCAACCACAGGAGCCUCAGCCAGCUCGCGUUGCCUUUCCUGGUUCCCAGCAAAGACAUAUAAUUUCACCUUUUCCCUCAUUCUCCUUACCCCUGCCUCCCUCACUCUCCUUACCCCUGCCUCCCUCACUCUCCUUACCCCUGCCUCCCUCACUCUCCUUACCCCUGCCUCCCUCACUCUCCUUUCCCCUGCCUCUCUCACUCUCCUUACCCCUGCCUCCCUCCCUCCCUUGCUCUCCUUCCACUGCCCUCCCUCACCUCUCCCGUCCUCCCUAAACCACAGGAGCCUCAGCCAACUCGCCCUGCCGAUGCAUGCUCCCUGUACAAACACAAUUGUUUUUCUUCUCCCUCACCCUCCCUCCUCUCCCUCGCUUCCCCCCCCUCCCCUCGCCCUCAUCACCAACCUCAGGAGCCUCAGCCAGCUCGCCCUGCCGAUUCUGGCCCCAGCCUUCCUUACAGGCUUCUCCGCUACAGGCCCAGCCAGAGCCGCCACGUCAGCAGCAUCGGCGGUGGCGGACGGGGGUCUGGACCUGAGGGAAACGAUUCGGGAUGGGGCGCGCGUGCUGCUGAUGGACCCGGGGCUUAGAAGGCAGUUGCUGCUGGCGUUUACUCAGGACUCGAGGCUGCAUGUUAAGGAGGUGAGACAGGGGAAGAAGAGGAGAGGGGGUGGGGAGUAA